ACCAAAAGUUCGAAAGAUUUACAUUUGAUAAACUUUAUAAAUGGAACUACAACAUCCAUAUCAUCUACAUCUCAAUCAUCUUUAUCUAAUACAGAUGCAAUAGUGGGUGAUAUAAUAGGUUUCAUCACUUUUGUUGGCAUAUUAGUAGCUUUUGGCAUCAUAUUACAUCGAAGAGGGUACAAAACAAAAAUAUCUAAUCCACUUAUAAAUACAAAUAAUCAGGCUUGCACUGAUACAAAUUCUCAG